GGGCGGCGUGGAUUGGAUUAUUGGAGGCGGCACCGUUUUCCAGGACGGUGGUUCCAGUCGAUCGUCGAUCGCCAUUUAGUCUUUUGGUUAAUCGUAAUAUUUUAGGUAUCGAGUACCGAGCGAUUCUUUCUUCUGUCAUUUCACUGAUAAUCAGUACAUUACUAGAGAAAAAUGACGGAACCUAUAAAUGUCGUGGUUACUGGUGCUGCUGGGCAAAUUGCCUAUUCUCUGCUGUACCAGAUUGCAGCUGGUACAGUUUUUGGUCCGCAACAAUCCAUUAAUCUUCGAUUAUUAGAUAUUCCACCCAUGAUGAAAGUAUUGGAUGGUGUGGUUAUGGAAUUGGAAGAUUUAGCACUUCCUCUCUUACGAGAGGUUUUGCCAACGGCCGAACCAGCCAAGGCCUUUGAAAACGUAGCUGCUGCUUUCUUGGUUGGCGCGAUGCCAAGGAAGGAAGGAAUGGAACGUAAAGAUCUUCUGGCCGCAAAUGUAGAAAUUUUCAAGGUGCAAGGCGAAGCACUGGAUAAGUAUGCUCGUAAGGAUGUCAGGGUGCUAGUCGUAGGUAAUCCAGCCAACACUAACGCGCUUAUCUGUUCGCAUUAUGCACCGUCCAUUCCGAAAGAAAACUUUACCGCGAUGACUAGAUUGGAUCAAAACAGAGCACAGGCAGCGUUAGCCGCACGAUUAAAUGUACAGGUUGAUAAAGUGAAGAACGUCAUUAUCUGGGGUAAUCACAGUUCUACACAAUAUCCUGAUGCAGCGCAUGCAACUGUAGAGCUUUCAUCCGGCGUAAAAACGGUACCAUCUGAGAUAAACGAUAACGAGUGGUUGAAUAACACCUUCGUAGAAACAAUUCAAAAACGCGGCGCCGCCGUAAUAGCUGCCAGAAAAAUGUCCUCUGCCAUGUCCGCUGCUAAAGCCGCUGGAGAUCAUAUGAGAGAUUGGUGGUUCGGUACUAAGCCUGGAGAGUGGGUUAGCAUGGGCGUUGUGUCCGAUGGGAGUUAUGGAAUCCCAAAAGAUAUUGUGUUUUCUUUUCCUGUCACUAUCAAGGACAAGCGGUAUGAGAUAGUGCAAAAUCUCCCAAUUAACAACGUUGCAAAGUCAAAGCUGGAUAUUACAUCCAAGGAACUGGAGGAAGAACGUGCUGAGGCAAACAACGUACUAAAAAAGUGACUAGUAACAUCAGUGCCAAACAAUGAGAUGCGAGAGAAAUUUGUGUCGGCAAAAUUGUAGAAUAUAUAAUUAUGUUGCAUAAUACACACACACACACACACACACACACACACACACACACACA